AUGCUUGAUCGCGCAUUUGUCUGUGCGGGCUGCACAGCACAAUUGGCUCGCCCGAUUUCACAAGUCAAGGCAUUAUCAUUCUCUACACGACAUAUAUCAAGGCGAUUGAUCAGCCAUGUUGCGUCAAAGAAGCGGCCUACUCGGGUUGCCGUUGUGGGCUCUGGGCCAGCAGGAUUCUAUGCUGUAGCUCGGCUCUUGGGCAAGCAUGAGAAUCUCAAGGUUGACAUGUAUGAGAAGCUGCCGGUGCCAUUCGGAUUGGCUAGGUACGGUGUCGCCCCGGAUCAUCCAGAGGUGAAGAACUGUGAAGAUAAAUUCACCGAAGUCGCAGCAUCUCCCCGUUUCAACUUUGUCGGUAAUAUCGAACUCGGAAGCGAUCUACCUCUCGCUGCACUUAAACCCCACUACGACGCCAUUCUUUUCGCAUACGGAGCCUCAAAAGAUAAAGAGCUUGGUAUUCCUGGAGAAAAUGCUCCCCGCAGUGUAUACUCGGCCCGCUCCUUUGUUGGGUGGUACAAUGGCCUACCCGAACAUCGGGAUUUGAACCCCGACUUGUCUAGCGGCGAAGAUGCGGUGAUUGUUGGACAGGGAAAUGUAGCACUUGACGUCGCUAGAAUUCUGCUUUCGGAUGUAGAUGCACUCCGAACCACAGACAUUGCCGACCAUGCUCUAGAAACCCUGUCUCGAAGUCGGAUCAAGCGAGUGCAAGUUGUUGGUCGCCGAGGACCGUUACAAGCCUCGUUCACAAUUAAGGAAGCCCGUGAAUUACUUCAGUUACCUUCCGUCUCUUUCGAUCCGAUCGGGAAAGACGUCUUCCCCCCAGAUUCCAUCAUAAAUGCACUGCCUCGGCCCCAGAAGCGAUUGAUGCAGCUCCUUGCCAAAGGCUCUGCUAAUGACCCCCAGACAGCUACCAAGUCCUGGUCUUUGGACUUCCUUCUCUCUCCUGAAUGUCUAGACUGGUCGACAGUACACCCAUAUCGUCUUUCUCAUGUCAAGUUCUCUCGCAAUGAACUCGAUCCUUCCGAUCCCUACACCGCCAGUUCCAAAGUUACCCCGAAACAUCUUUCGAAUGGAAGCCGCGCCGAAACCAACCUCCCGGCUAGUGUCUUCUUUCGCAGUGUCGGCUACAAGUCACUUCCGCUACCAGGGCUUGAGGAUCUCGGUAUCGAAUUCGACACUCAGCGCGGCGUGAUUCCCAAUGAUGGACUUGGUCGUGUGAAGAGUGCCUUGGGCACGGGAGAAAAACGCGUUUUGCCCGAUGGAUCGUCAGUUUCCCAUCUGCCCGGCUUGUAUUGUGCCGGGUGGGUCAAGCGAGGCCCAACGGGAGUCAUUGCGUCUACCAUGACCGAUGCUUUCAGCACUGUGGAUACUAUCUUACAGGACUUGGCAAGCCACGAAGGCGCCCUCCUACAUACAUCCGGUCAGGGAACCGGGCUAGGCUGGGAAGGAGUGAAGGCAGAGGUCGAGCAACGUGGACUCCGGGUGACAUCCUGGCAAGAUUGGCAGCGCAUCGACAGCAUCGAGCGUGAGUGUGGUCGGCAAAAGGGUAGACCUCGAGAGAAGUUUACUCGAGUCGCAGAAAUGUUGGAGGCUCUUGACUGA